AUGGUCAAAGUUGUCAUCUGUGGAGCCGCUGGCGGUAUCGGUCAACCCCUUUCUCUUCUCCUGAAGCAAUCGGAGCUGAUUACACACUUAGCACUGUACGAUGUCGUGAAUGCGCCCGGUGUUGCUGCUGAUCUGUCGCACAUCAACACCCGUUCCACGGUUUCGGGACAUGGCAAGGAGGAAAUGGACGAGGCCUUGAAGGAUGCGCAUACCGUCGUCAUUCCUGCUGGUGUUCCUCGCAAGCCUGGUAUGUCCAGAGACGAUCUCUUCAAGAUCAACGCUGGAAUUGUCCGCGAUCUCGCUAUGGGAGUGGCCAAGAACUGUCCCAGCGCUCAUGUCCUUGUGAUCUCGAACCCGGUUAACUCGACAGUUCCUAUUGUCUGCGAGGUUCUCAAGCAGCACGGCGUCUUUAACCCUAAAAAGGUCUUUGGCAUCAGCACGUUGGAUGUUGUUCGCUCGUCCAGAUUCGUAUAUGAAUUCAACAAGUCGCUUGAUCCCCAGAAGACCAGGGUCACUGUCAUUGGCGGUCACAGCGGCGUGACAAUCGUGCCGGUACUGUCGCAGGUUCCCGGCCAGGCCUUCACAAAGGAUCAGAUCGAUGCUCUGACACACCGCAUUCAGUAUGGAGGUGACGAGGUCGUGAAGGCCAAGGAUGGCGCCGGGUCUGCAACCUUGUCGAUGGCAUAUGCAGGUGCUCGAUUCACGAACACGAUUCUCCAGGCGACUGUUGCGGGCAAGACAGGACUGGUUGAAUCGACCUAUGUGAAUCUGGCAGCCGAUCCCGAAAGUACGGCCGCGUUUAAGGCUCAAACACAUCUGGAGUACUUUGCGCAGGAUGUCGAGUUUGGACGGGAUGGCGCGUCGAAGAUUCAUUCUCUACCUACGCUUUCGGCGUAUGAGCAAGGGUUGUUGGAUGCGGCGGUGCCGGAGUUGAAGGCCAAUAUCAACAAGGGUACUGCGUUCAUUACGGACUCGAAGAUCUGA